CCUCCGCGCGUGCGUGCCUCAGCGAAGCCCCUGGCGCUGACAAUGGCGGAGCUUGGUGAAGCGGACGAAGCGGAGUUACAACGCCUGGUGGCCGCCGAGCAGCAGAAGGCGCAGUUCACUGCACAGGUGCAUCACUUCAUGGAACUAUGUUGGGAUAAGUGUGUGGAGAAGCCAGGAAGUCGGCUAGACUCCCGCACUGAAAACUGCCUCUCUAGCUGUGUGGAUCGGUUUAUUGACACUACUCUUGCUAUUACCGGUCGGUUUGCCCAGAUCGUACAGAAAGGAGGACAGUAGACCAAAAGACUUGUUACUAAGCAGAUUGAAUGGCCAGUGGUGAAAGACUUGUCAACGUGUCUGUUGGUGUUAAAAAGUAAGAGAGCAAAUGUUCAAAAGUGAAAUUUUAUUUAUGGGAAUUCAGUAAUUCCAACUUGUAUCACACCAGUUAAUAAAUGUGAAGUCUCCAAUUUUUUUUUCUUCUAAAUCCCAAUUUAGGAUUCAACAUAAUCAUCUCUAAGGAACACUAAUAAGAAAUGUUCCAGGGCUGGUAAUGCAAAUGGGAGAGUACAGGUUUUCAAGAGUGGCCCUAAACCAUUGUUAAGGGGAUUAGAGGAACCAUCAAAGCCUUAGCCUAAGGCAUGGAUUAGAACAGAAUUUUAUUGCUUAUGUGACCAAGAAAAGAUGGAACAUGGGGGGGGGGGGGAGGGGUGGUAAAUCAGGCAAAAUGUGCUUUCCUUGGGGAAAAAAUAAGUCUGUUAAAAAUGGGAGGAAGGUAAGGUCAGAACUCAAAUGUGGAAGUGCCUUCUUUGCAGGACCAUCUUCCUGAGUCUGUGCUUAGAAUCAGUACGUUUGUAGCACAAAGCUGCAUUAAAAAUGCCCAAAACUACUUCCAACAAAGGUAUUACUUGCUUCUAGAAGGUUAUGAGGUAGUAACUAGACUCUCCCUCCACUAAACCCAAGGAAAAGAAUAUACCAUGGAACUUAAGUUUGAGUACUAAAGUCAUUAGUGUUUCAGUAUCCCAAAAGGCUGCACCUGCUCAUAAUCAAGGGAUAGGGCACAUCUGGCCAACCAUUUAUUUUAAGAACAAGCACUUUAUUAGAAAUGUUCCAUAAAGAGCACAAAUUUAGUUAAAACUAUAAAAUGCCACUUCAUGGGAUGUCAGCAUUAUCGUAUUCUAUUGCUGGUGUCUGUCAUGCUAACCAUGAAGUAUCUUUGUAUUACACACGGACAAAGUAAGGCCAGGGAGGUUAGUUAACCUGCUCUAGAACUCAAUUAGUGGCAGAACCAUGACAUUUCAUGCAUUUCACUCAGUACCAAAGUGACAACCUCAAAAGCAAAAACCUUGACAAUGUCACUUUAUCUUUCCUCUUAAUGAAAAGUCAACUGUUCUGCCAACCACUUUCCAGUGGUAUUUUGGUUUCUUUUAAUAUCAGGAUCACAGUAUAUAGCAGGGGGAAAUAACAUGUUCUUGAUAAUCAAAACACAAAGUCAGACUGGGAAGUGGGUAUGUCCCUGAGAAGUGUGUUUCAUUUUGGAAUUGAUUCAACUGGUUUCAGGGAAAAUCUAAAAUCCAUUAAUAGAAUUAGAAAUGAACAAGGAAAACAACAGGACUGGGGGUAUGGCUCAAUGGUAGAGCACUUGCCUAGUAUAUGCAAGGCCUUCGGUUCAAUCCCCAACUCAGCAAAAAGGAAAAAAAA